ACCCAUUGUUUCCAUAUUUACAACACCGGAACAAGUCCAAACACAUAUUUAAACCACACAGGUUCAUCCAAUCAUCAGUUCAUCAAAGUGUACAGAAAAUUUACAAAAUUUACAAAAUUUCCCAAACUUACUCAGUCUAAUGACUUAAAUGGGAUAAGAAGCACUUACAAAUUGUUGGCCCCUUGUUUUGAUCACCUCUUCAUUUUGACUCUCCUUUCUCUCCUUUUCCUCCCUCCUUUCCCUCCAUUUUUCAUUCUCCCUCCUCUGCUCCUCUUCAAACUCUUCGUUCUUCUGAUAAACACUACUCCGUUUCUUGAAUUGACACCAUACUAUGUAUUUCUUGAGAAUUUAUGUUAAUAUAUCCUUGUCCUUCACUGUAUUUUUAAAGAGCAGUAAUCAUUUCAUAGAGACUUGAGAGACUAUUGCACCACACAUGUCAACAAUCAACAUAAAUGCCACCAAAGGCAGUUAUGCAGAGGAAACAAGAUUCAUCUCAACUUCAAUGUCAGUCAUCGGAAAAUUUCAUCCCAGGUGUAGCCUGCUAGUCUGCUUCAAGAAUACAUGUGAAGAAGGGAAGCAUCAUGCUCACAAGGUGUUCGCCAAAAUGUGCAACUGAACAUUUGCACAGAUGGAUGUAGCAGGGGGUCUUUCACUAGUGCAAGCUAUCCUGCAAUUGCUGAGCUCUCCCAUUUGGACGGAGACUCAAUCUGUUUUGGGUGUCAAGUCUCAGCUUGAAAAACUCAAGGACACCAUGUCCACUAUCCAUCAUGUCCUCCUUGAUGCUGAAGAUUUAGAGAGGCUGCAUCAUGGUCGUCGCACCAACGUUGAACGUGGCAGACUUAAGAGGCUUAAGGAAGCUCUUUACCUAGCUGAUGACUUGUUCGACGAGGUUACCACUCUUGCUCAUCGCAAGAAGCUCAUGCCGGGUAACAGAUUGACUAAAGAGGUAUCCCUUUUCUUCUCUAGUUAUAAUCAGCUUCGUUCUGCUUUCACUUGGUCUCGAGAGAUUGAAAAGAUUAGGGAGUUGUUGGAUGAUAUUGUCAAAGAUCAUCACCAUGACUCUGGUUUGAGACAUCAACAUCAUCCUGUUGGUUUCGAGGACAGCAGACUGAGAUAUAACCCGAGGGAAACUCACUCUUAUGUGUGUGAAGAGGAAGAUAUAAUUAUUGGGAGAGAUGAUGAUAAGAAUAUAGUUAUAGAUGUGUUAUUGGAAGACACUACUGUUGAGGCGGAUGUUUCUUUUAUUAGCAUAGUUGGGAUUGGAGGGCUGGGGAAAACUACUCUUGCCCAACUAGUUUAUAAUGAUGAGAGGAUUGAGAGGGAAUUUCCUCUGAAGAUGUGGGUUUGUGUCUCUGAUGAUUUUAAUGUGAAAGUGCUUCUUGGUAAAAUCCUUGCAGCUGCAACCAACAAGGCUGGUCAAGAUUGUCUGAAUAUGGACCAGCUCCAAAUGAAGCUUCGGCAAGAACUUGAUGGGAAGAAAUAUCUCCUUGUUCUGGAUGAUGUUUGGAACGAGGAUUGUGAAGAAUGGCGUAAGUUGAAAACUUUGUUAACUGGAGGGGGGAGGGGGAGGGGUAGCAGAAUUUUGGUGACUACUCGGUCAAAUGGGGUGGCAGAUAUUGUAGGAAGCCAUCAUACACAUGAAUUGAAGGGUCUUUCUGAGAUAGACUCUUGGAAUUUGUUUGAAAGGAUGAUACUUGAACAAGGGAAACAUCAAAUGGAGGCACACUUAGUUGAUAUUGGAAAAGAGAUUGUUGGCAAGUGUGCUAAUGUUCCACUUGCCAUAAGGGUCGUUGGAAGUCUUCUUCGAGGUCAAGGUGAAAGCAGAUGGCAAUGCUUGAAAAAUACUGACUUGGAAAAAAUUAAACAAGAUGGGAUAGUACCUGUGUUAAAGAUUAGUUAUUAUUAUCUUCCAUUCCAUUUGAAGAGCUGCUUUUGUUACUGUGCUAUAUUCCCCAAGGAUUACAAGAUUAUCAAGAAGGAUUUGAUUUGUCUUUGGAUGGCUCAAGGUUUCAUUAUGACAUCACAUGGAAAGAGUUUUGAAGAUGCAGGUGAUGAAUAUUUCAGUGAUUUGUUGCAAAGGUGCUUCUUCCAAGAUGUUGAACGAGCUGAGAGUGGUGAAAUUAUAUCGUGCAAAAUGCAUGAUUUGAUUCAUGAUGUUGCUAAAGAAGUUGCAGGAACUGAAAUCUUUGAUGCAACUUGUUUCAAUGAUAAAACUCGACAUACAUUAUUGGAUAGUAAUUCUGGCCGUAAUUUAACCAACAUGAAAAGAUUGCGUACAAUUAUAAUACUGCAGAACAACCUCCUAGGAUUUAAAUUAAGGUUGUUUGAACGGGUUCUAAAAGUGAGAUAUUUAAGGGUAUUAGAUCUGCAGUACACUGAGAUGGAAAAGUUGCCAAGCAUGGUAAGUGAGUUGUUGCAUUUAAGAUAUCUUGACCUAUCUGGCAAUCUAAUAUCUGUGCUUCCUGUUUCCAUUACCCAACUUUAUAAUUUGCAGACACUAAAGUUACGGAAUUGUUGGCGUCUAAAAGAGUUGCCAAGGGAGUUGAACAAAUUAGUUAAUCUUAGACAUUUAAAUAUGCAUGGUUGCGAAAGAUUGACUCAUAUGCCAGAAGGGAUGAAUUGUAUGAGUAGUCUGCAUACUCUCACAAGGUUUGUGUUAGGCGGGGUAUCUGGUGGCAGUCUUGAAGAUUUGAGAGAUCUCAACAACCUCACAGGUAGAAUGGUAAUCAAGGUGCAAAGAGGUUGGACAUAUGAUGCAACACAAGUUAGGGAAGGAGGAUAUCUGAUAAACAAACAAUACCUAAGGAAUAUCAACAUAUACUUGUGUAGGGAGCCUUAUCAAGAAAGAUAUGGUAGUGAUGAAGAUAGUGAUGAAUGGAUUAAUAAUUCAGAAGCAUUAAUGCAAGGGCUGCAACCCCACUUUAACCUUAGAAAGUUCGAGUUGUGGUUUUAUCCAGGAGUGAGGUUCCCGUGCUGGGGAGGCUCAUCAAUGAAUCUCCAAAGUUGUCUCCCAACUCUUGUUAGAGUACAACUCCAUAAAUGUAAAAGGUUGGAGCAUCUUCCGCUGAUGAGUCAACUGCGUCAUUUGAAAGCCCUCGAGUUAUAUGAAUUGAGUGAAGUGGAGUACAUGGAGAGUCAUAAUAUUUGUGGAGAUAAUGUAGGAGCAGAAGAUGAGUUGGUAUUCUUUCCAUCCCUUGAAAAACUUGUGCUAGUGGAUUUGCCAAAGUUGAAGGGAUGGUGGAAGUUUGAUUCAGAAUCAAGCAGUAACACGCAGCAGCAGCAGCAGCAGCAGCAGCAGCAGGAACAGCAACAAAACCAAUUGUUACCAGAGUUGCAAUCUUAUUCAUUCCCUCAUCUUUCACAUCUGAUUAUAGAUAAUUGCAGUAGUCUAACAACUUAUCCUGUCUGUCCGAAACUAGAAAAGUUACAGUUUAUAAUUGGUUUCUCAGAUAAGUUUUCUUUUCAAUUCACAACACCAAUGAAUAAUGUUGUAAGGGUAGAGAUAGACAACAUCAACGGGGGAUAUAUGAAUUCUCUGCCUGCAGAGUGUUUACAGCACCUAUCUCAUCUGGAUAUAAAAGGUAUCAAGAAUAUGGAAGAAUUGAUAACAGGGGAAGCAGGGGAGGUGUUCCGAAGCAGUCGUGUCUCCUCUCUUCGCUCCAUUCAAAUUGCUUCUUGCUCCAAACUGAAGAGGCUGCCAAGGAGAGGACUAUGGGAGCAUCUCACCUCCCUGAAGUCCCUACAAUUGGUCAAUCUGAAGGAGUUGGAGUUGGAUGAUGAAGAAGAAGAUGUUAACACCAGUAACAUCACCUCUAAUGGUGGUUACACUGACAAGCCCUGGAGCUGCCUUGCCCCCACUCUUUGUUCCUUGGUAUUAGAGACACUCCCAAAGGUUGUGAAGCUACCAAAGGGGAUGCACCACUUGACUGCCCUCCAGUCUCUGACAAUCAGAUUUUGUGUAAAUUUGGAAGCACUUCCACCAUGGAUACCCUGUUUGUCAUCUCUCCAAUCCCUGCAUAUUUGGAGUUGCAGAAGAUUGGAGUCACUGCCGGAAGAGAUGCGCCACCUCACCUCCUUACAACGACUUGAUUUCUUUGGAUGUAAUAACUCUGAGCUAAAGGAAAGAUGCCGAAACCCUACUGGUGCCGACUGGCCAAGCAUCCAACACAUCCACGACAUUAACUUUUUAUGAUUGAAAAGCUCACUACUGUCAUUUCCUUUUUUUUUCUUCUGAGUUUUUCCUUAUCUCAAAUUUUACUUGACAUAUCUAAGGCUUUAGCAUUAGCUACUAACAAGUAACAAGGACUACUUCACUAUGUAGUGAUGUGAGAAUUACCAUAUGCAUGAAGGAUUGGAAGAUAUACUUGGCUGCAUAUCAGUUGUAUUAUCAUGCUGUUGGACAUACACAAAACUUUAUGUUGUAUUGCAGAGAACAAAGGUCAGUUCAAAACCAAACAGCUCGACUGGUAUCGGGAAAUACCGCAAGCCCGGAACAGUUAGAGAGCAACUGGCUGCAAGUUAUUUUGUUUAAAAUAUAACUUAUUACACAUUUGAACUAUACAAUGCUACUGUAUAAACUACAAUGCAUAAUGUUUGAACUUAGCUUGGGAAGUUAAAACUG